CUCCAUCCCUUCUCUCUCAACCCCACACCAUUCCCAGUGUUUUAUUUCAACAAUAAACAGAUUAAACGUUACACAAAAGGUUUUUUAAAACGGAGAGCCUUUCCCUGUCUAAAUGGUGCCGAGAGAGAAAACGACGACCGCCGUUAAAGGUAACGGUAACGGGAAUAGUAGGGAGGUUCAUUUUAGAGGAGUGAGGAAGCGGCCAUGGGGCCGUUACGCUGCUGAGAUCAGAGAUCCAGGGAAGAAGAGCCGUGUUUGGUUAGGAACUUUUGAUACGGCUGAGGAAGCCGCCAAAGCCUACGACGCUGCAGCCCGGGAAUUUCGCGGCGCAAAGGCAAAGACUAAUUUUCCCCUCCCAAGUGAAAACAUCAACAAUCGUAACAACUGUGACAAUAAUGGUAAUAACAACAGCAACAAUCAGAGCACUAGCCAGAGUAGCACAGUGGAGUCCUCAAGCCUUGAGCCGGCGCUCAUGAUCGAUUCUACUCCAUUGGAUCUCAGCCUUGGACACGGGGCACUUUCCGGGUACAGAUCUUCAGCCGUCAGGUUUCCUUUCAAGCAAGUUUCACAGGUUGCGGAUGUUUUUACCGCUGGUGUGCCGGCUAUUGCGAGUCCUCAAGUUUUUUACCUUGAUGCGUUUGUCCGGCCUGGUUUAGUGAAAGGACAUCAGUAUCAACGGAUGAGAUUCGAUAAUCGUGACUUUCAUGCGACGUUCAACGGUAUAGUACAAAGCGACUCCGAUUCAUCGUCGGUCGUUGAUAUGAAUAAUCACGAAGUCAAGCCUCGUCCGCUUCUCAAUAUCGAUCUGAACCAACCUGCUUUUCCGGAAAUCGCCUGAUUUUUUGUUUCCGCGCUAAUCAUAAAUCCGGAAAAUCAAACAUUUUAUUUUUUGUUAAAAUUUAUUUUUCCGACCUUUAAGUCCUUAAGAAGAAAACCGAAGGUAGAUUAGAAAAAAAUGAGAAAAAAAAAAGAAGAAAGAUAAAAUUACGGUGAGAGCUAUUAGUAAGUUGAUGUGAUCUAUUGUGAUAAAUAGUCCGACCAUAAAAUCAACGGCGGCUGAGGGAUGUGAAUACUUAGCUGAUGAUUUCCUCUUUUUUUGCAACAUUGAAACAUCAGUUUCUGGUUGUUGCUCCAUAACUAGUUACUGUAUUUGUUUUUCCUAAUGAGUUAUCACAAAAAAAAAAAAAUCCUUCAGCAGUUCCCUCUUUUGUUAAUUUUAUGUUUAUGGCCUGUUUGGAUUUAAUAACCUCUUUUGGUUAAGUUGGUUAGUGAAUUGAUUUAAUGCCAACUUUCAUUAUUUGCAAAAUACUAUCAUUCUAAUUUUGAAAAUCGAGAUGGGUUUCAGUAAUUGCCAUUUUUAACACUAUCGAAAGGCAAAUAUCAACCGAUUACAACCAGAGAUUCCUCAAAACUAUGUUUCUAAAAGAAAAUUAGAACAGAUUCCACAAGAUAUCCAAAACCUGGGGCAAACAAAAUUAUGUAACUAACCGUUUUGUGAUGUUUAAUUGCUGGCAAUAACUAAAAUUUCAUGCUUGUUGGAGAACAAAUCAAGAGAUUUAAA